AUGGUAUCGGACGAUGUGGUGAUGGGAACUCUGACCGUCAGAGAAAACUUGACCUUCUCGGCGGCGCUGCGUCUCCCGUCGACCAUCACUCAGCAGGAGAAAGACCAGAAGGUCACCAAGCUGAUCCAGGAACUGGGACUGGGACGAGUGGCAGACUCCAAGGUGGGCACUCAGCUGAUUCGAGGGAUCUCUGGUGGCGAGAGGAAGAGGACGAAUAUUGGCAUGGAGCUGAUCAUCGACCCGCCCGUCCUCUUCCUGGACGAACCCACCACGGGACUCGACGCCAGCACCGCCAACUCUGUGCUGCUGCUGCUCAAGAGGAUGUCGAACCACGGUCGCACCAUCAUCCUGUCCAUCCACCAGCCCAGAUACACCAUCUACCGCCUGUUCGACAGCCUCACCCUGCUCGUCAACGGCAAACAGGUUUACCACGGCCCGGCACAGAGGGCGCUGGACUAUUUCUCUGACAUCGGAUACACCUGCGAGGCUCACAACAACCCCGCUGACUUCUUCCUGGACGUCAUCAACGGAGACUCAACCGCCCUCAGCAGCCUGCAGGGAGAAGAUUCAGCUCAGGACUUGGAUUCUGUGACAAAGUCUAGAAGGGGAAUCGAGGACAAACUGGUGGAAGAGUACAGAAGUUGUCAAUACUUCAAACAAACAAAAGAGGAGCUGGAAAGAAUCGUUGAGGGAAAGCAGACGACCAAGUUUUCUCCUUCCAGAACCAUCACCUACAACACUGGUUUCCUGACCCAGUUCAGAUGGGUUCUCAAGAGGACGUUCCGCAACCUCAUCCUCAACCCUCAGACCUCCAUCGCCCAGGUGGUCGUGACGAUCUUCCUCGCUCUGAUUGUCGGAGCCCUUUUCUUUGAAAUCAAAGAGGAUGAGAACGGCAUUCAGAACAGGCUCGGUUGUCUCUUCUUCAUCGUUACGAAUCAGUGUUUCGGCUCGUUGUCGGCUGCAGAACUCUUCAUCACUGAGAGGAAGCUCUUCACUCAUGAAUACAUCAGCGGUUACUACAGAGUGUCCGUCUACUUCCUGUGCAAGAUCCUGUCUGACAUCAUCACGCUGAGGACCAUCCCUGCCAUCAUCUUCUCCUGCGUCGCCUACUUCAUGAUCGGUCUGAAGUUCACGGUAGAGGCCUUCUUCACCUUCAUGUUCACCGUGGCUCUGGUGGCCUACACAGCCACCUCCAUGGUCAUGGCCAUCUCAGCCGACCAGACGGUGGUGGCCAUCGCCAACAUCUACAUGACCAUCUCCUUCGUCUUCAUGAUGAUCUUUGCAGGCCUGCUGGUGAACGUUUCCUCCAUCGUCAGCUGGCUCAGCUGGUUAAAAUUCUUCAGCAUACCCAGAUAUGGGUUAAGCGCUUUGCAGAUUAACGAGUUCACGGGGCUGAACUUCUGUUCAGGGCUGAACGGCACCAUCAUCCCUCCAGUUAUCUCGUGCACGGGGGAGGCGUACCUGGAGAAGCAGGGCAUCGAUUACUCCACCUGGGGUCUGUGGCAGAACCACCUGGCUCUGAUCAUCAUGAUCUUCUGCUUCCUCUCCAUCGCGUACCUCAAACUGCGCUUCAUCAAGAAGUUCACCUGAAAUCCUCGAACUCU